AUCCUUUGGAUCCUCCAUUUUCGUCUUCUUCCACCUUAUCUUUUCUGGGUGUACCAGAAAAUCUAAUUCAUCAUUGAACCCGAAGCUGAAUCUGAAUCUGAAACAGAGACAUGUCAGGUGUAACUCUGGCUAUGGCUCCACGCACCGAGCCCGGCACAGCGGAGCAACCCCUCACGCAGCGCUCACAACAAACCCCAAAUGGGGGAGUAAUGGGAUCUCUCCGUCUCAUAGAACUCCAACUCGUAGCUUUCAUAAUCGUUUUCUCAGCAAGCGGUCUCGUCUCGCUUCUCGAUUUACUUUUCCCUGCGUUUGCAACCGCCUACUUUUUAACCCUCUCGCGCUUCGUCUUCCCUUCCCGACGACCCUCAGCCCACCGCGAGAUUCUGCAAGGUUCCAAACUGUUUCGAUUUUACGUGAUCUUGGGCACCUCAAUCGGCUUGUUCUUGCCGCUUGCAUACGUGCUGGGUGGUUUUGCGAGAGGCGAUGAUCACGCAGUCCGAUCAGCAACACCCCAUUUGUUCUUACUCUCUUUCCAGAUUCUAACAGAGAAUGUUAUAAGCGGGUUGUCCCUGUUCUCGCAGCCGGUGAGAGCCUUAGUGCCUCUUCUUUACACUGUUAGAAGGGUGUUCGUGAUUAUUGAUUGGAUCCGAGAUGUGUGGGUUAACAAAGCGUUGCCCGCAAAUGCAUCCAUUCAGGACACUGCGUGGUUUUGGUUUGGGAGGAGUCUGGCGGUUGCAAACAUUGUGUAUUUCUCCAUCAAUCUAUUAUGCUUCUUGAUUCCUCGAUUUCUUCCUCGAGCUUUCGAGAGGUAUUUCAUGGAAAACAAUGAAGUUGACUCCAAGAUGGCGGAGGAUAGACGUGGUGCCAAGCCUCAGGAAUCAGAUAAGAAAGCUGAUUGAUUUUGUUUCCCGCCCGCUCUGUAACUUUUUCUUUAUUGUUUUUCUGGG